CCUUUUCUGGCUCCACAGAAGGACGCGUCUGCUUUUGUCACUCAUCACCAGGCGGGCAGUCGAGUCCAUCGACUGCAGGCAUAGACACGGAGCUCCAGUACAGUACAGCAGUAUAAUCAGUCAGUUAGCGAAACAGACGCUUCAGUUACUCGGCCCGCGCGCUGCUAGCCAGCCCAGCCGCCUGAAUGUAGAUCCGCAUGGGCUACUACAACAAUCGCACUCUCUCUCUCCAAAUAAGCCAGCGGAGUCGUAAAACAAGGAUCACAGGAUGGUGUUAGUGCAUGUCGGAUACCUGGUUCUCCCCGUAUUUGGCUCAGUCAGAAACAGAGGAUCCCAUUUCACCCGGCAACAGCAGCAGCAGCACAGCCAUGCUACCUCUUGCCGCCACUUCCAGCUAGGCCCCCAGGCCCCGCUGCCCAUGGACUUCCCCAUGCCCCACCCGGGCCAGCCGCAGUCGGGCAUCAACCCCCACAUGGCCCCGCCUGGCCAUCAGCACGGACCCCCGCUACACCACCCACCCCUCAACCCCAUGUCCGCACCCCAGUUCCAGGACAUGCCCGCCCCUCCCUUCCUACCUCAGGCAUUACACCAGCAAUACCUCCUCCAGCAGCAAAUCCUCGAGGCUCAGCAUCGACACAUCCUGCCACCCAACAGUAGACGCACAUCAGAGAGGCUUCCUCACCAGCCCCACAGACUGCGUCCAGGCUUCGAGUUUGCCCCACCUCUGCACGUUCCGCCCCAGCCGGUGGUGCAGCAACCCCGCUACCUGGCCGAGGGCACAGACUGGGAUCUAAGUGUCGACGCAGGCCUGCCGCCACACCAGUACCACAUCCACCCACUGCCGCAGCACUAUCAGCACUACCUGACAUCUCCCAGGAUGCACCACUUCCCCAGGAACAACGCCUCAACGCAAGUGGUUGUUCACGAGAUCCGGAACUAUCCGUACCCUCAGCUGCACCUGCUGGCGCUGCAGAGUCUCAACCCUUCGCGGCACGCGUCUGCCGUCAGGGAGAGCUAUGAGGAACUUUUGCAGUUGGAAGACAGACUGGGCAGCGUGAACCGCGGCGCAGUCCAGACGACCAUCGAGAGAUUUACUUUCCCCCACAAGUACAAGAAGAGAUUCCCCCAGGACCUGAAGAUGUGUCUGGACGACGAGGAACUGGACACGGACGAGAAGUGCACCAUCUGUCUGUCCAUGCUGGAGGAUGGAGAGGAUGUCAGGAGAUUACCCUGCAUGCACCUGUUCCACCAGGCGUGCGUGGACCAAUGGCUGGCGACCAGCCGGAAGUGCCCCAUCUGCAGAGUGGACAUUGAAACCCAGCUCAACCCUGACAGUUGAUAGCUGCUGCGCAGCACGCAGCCUCACAUCCCACAAUCCUCCACUCUCUCCCCUUGAGGGAGAGUUGCGGGAGGUGGGCCUCCUCGCUACCCCCUCUUUUAGUGGGAGGGGCCAAGGGUAGGAUAUUAACAAAGCACAUUCAGACAGAUGCACACACACACACACACACACACACAAGGACACGUGUGCGCGCGCACACUCCGACUCAUGCAGAACACAAGCUGGGAUGCGGUGGACACAUAAAAAAAAAACUGGGCUGACUUAGUGGAUGUACAAGAAAAGGGUGGGAGCGGCUACAGACGGACGUGCUGAGUCAUGCGGUACGCGACCCCCCCCCCUCCCCCCCACAGACACAAACACACACAUGCACACACACGAACACACACGAGCACAUCUGUAUAGAACAUUAUACAAAAGCAUGAUUGGUGUGUAGCCCGAUGCUUGUGGUGUGCUAUAGUACUGAUUGAGUAUUUUCUGAGUAACAGUGUUGUGUAGCAACUUGAGAGUCUGUGUGACAGAUAGCCCAAGGUUCGAAAACCAGGCGGGGGAGGCUCAAAGCGUGCGUUGUAUGUACUACGGCCAAAAAAAUAGCGGACAACCCCUGCCCCCUUGUUUGUUGUGUUUAGGUGAAAAUCUGUCAUAUAGCAAGUCCAUAUAAAACGUUUUUGGUUUGAAGUUUUAACCCGACAACAUUCGUCUUGCGCCUACAAAAUGAGGUUUGACUUCACUUUAAGCAGUUGAUCAUUAUGAUGCCCAUCAAUUUUUUUUUGUCAGCUUCACCAAACAAACCAUAUGAGAUCAUAUCUGCUAGCUUAAUGCUAACGUACAACGAAAAACGCCAUAUGUGUGCUGACUGGAAUUAGCAAAGAUGUUACAGUAACAACUGCUCAACAUCACGCAUACGAAGCAAACGACAACUAUAAUCACCGAUGUAUAUCCUCUCUGCUCUAAAACAACAGUUAUUAUUGACGCUUGCAUCCGUUGGGGACCUUCUCUGCCUCUUCUUCUUCUUGGCUGGCGUGUUGCGGCUCAACGCGGCACUACACUGAAAGCGUACAACGCUAAAUUCGGACUUGACUAAAAAUCGACAACACAAUCGCUUCAAAAUUGUUGCUUUUUAGGGAAGUUGGGACAUGAACGAUGAACCGCGAUAUAGCGGGGGUUGGGGGGGGGACACUGUAAACGCCAUCCGCGCUAACACAGGCAUGGCUUCCAGGGACUUGUGUGUUGUGUGGGCCUCCAUCAUCAGGUAUGCAUGCCUGUGUGCAAGGUUUUGUGAGCUGUGUCGUCGUGCUCAUCGUGGUCGUAGUGGUGCAAAGUAGAUGCAGUGACACCUCUCCCCCUCCCCCAUGUAUUCCUCAUCCAAUCCUCUUCGACACGUGCGCACUCAGAUCUUGACCUCGCCCCACCCCCGCUACGGGGGACGUGUGUGACAGCUUCGCCGCCAUCUUGCCUCAAGAUGAGUGACAUUUUUCUGAACCUUAUUGCCUACCGAACAAGCACAUGUGACUUUUUGGAUGAGGAUUAUUUUUUUUGUCAUCAUUUUAAUUCCCAUUUCCGUCUCAGUUGCGGCCACUCACAUGCAAGUGGUGUUACAGGGCAAAACAAAACGUACAGUACAGUAGUUUGCCUGCGUAUGUUUGAACGCUCACUUCCUUUGUGGUUAUAUUGUAAUGGCCUAUGUGUGUGUGUGUGUGUGUGCAUUAGACGCAUGUAGUCUUGGAGUGAAAGGGAUUAAAAGCCAUCCAUUUUGGAAAAAAAAAAUCAACAACAACCAAACAAUUGUUCUUAACAUUGUCUUCUCAUAUGAUUCAAUAGUCAUUUCCGUUUGUUUGGGUCUUUUUGUUUGUGUCGUUUUUUUUUUUUUAGUUCACAUGCCAAUUUGGACAUAGGAAUACACCUGGUCCGUGUCCGUGUUAACCACAGUGAAGAGAAAUAACUGCAAUUCUGCAAAAAAAGAUAAUAUGUAUUUAUUGUAAUGUAGCUUGUGUUUUUUUGUAAAUGUGCACUACCGUAUGGAGUUGUUUGUUUGUUUGUUUGUUUGUUUGGCGUGUGUGUAGUUUAUUAUUGUCUUAGGAGUUUGUGUUUUGGUUGGAUUCCAAAUAUUUUUAUGCUUCCCUGUGCGUUCUUUACCAAGAGGUGAUAGGGCCACGCUGGAAUGACAAGGAGACAAAAAAAAAGUGAAUUAAGAGUGGGUGGAAAAAAUUCUUCAUUCGAUUCAAAUUAUUCAAAUAUAUUUUGCAAUAUUAGAGCUUUUUUUUCCUCGUUCAAUCAAGAUUUUUUUUGUAGUAUUGCGGGUGUCAUGCGGAUUAAAGAGAGCCCAUCGGCAUUUGACAGCUUAGAGUUUGCAGUUUUUGAAACCAUGUCAUGAGUCGUUGACAUCGGAGUCGAGGUGCAAAAUUGCUCCCCAGCAAGAAAUUCAACCGUCACACUGCUCCAAUGUGCGGGUAUGUGCUGGAGCUUAUCGCAGCUGUGGCGGGGUACACACUGGUUGCCCAUCUUUAUGUUGACAAAAAUUGCAAAAACCAAAGCUAUCAAAUACGUGAUGGUUUAUGUCUGUCCGAUAAAUACGCAAAACAAAAUUCUCCGGCUUUUGGGAUACACUACUUUUUUUUUUUCUUCGUAAUCUGGACUGUCUGAGAAUUCCAUGUUGUAGAUUGACUUUAUUUUGAAAAUCUGGGGAAAAAAACAAAAUCUGGUCAUCUAACUUUUUCCACCCCCAUCUUCAAAAUGCUGACUUUAUUCUUGGAAUUGGAGCUGUUGUUUUUUUUCUAGUCAGCCUCGCGCUAAUACUGCUUGGUCUUUAUUGGAGAAUAACUUGAUUGUGUUAUUACCCUCCUGCCCCCGCUCUCAUGUGAGACCUCCACCCCCCUCCCAUAAAAAAAGUGCUGAAAUAGGUGGAGGUUCUGCUAGUUCACAUAGAAUGCUGUGAUUUAAAGAUGCCUUAAGUAUUUAACAAUCAUUAUUUAUUACUAACUGUAGCUAGCUAGCUAUUGUGGUGGAAUAUUUCAUGUCUCAUAACUUUGCAAUUGAAUGGAUAUAUUUAUUUAAAAUAAGACAAAAAAAUAUGACAAAAAAAGAAUACCUCAUUAUGCAUUGGGUAGGUGGGGAUGCUUCUGCAUGCAGUGUGUGAUUAUGAUUUUAUGAUUAUUAUUAUUAUCCCCCCCAAAAAAAAAACAAAGAACCAUCUUACACUUUUGAAGCCAGCAUGGUGCUGUUGAUCGAGAUGACAUUCCCUUUAGCUUCCCUGCUUUUGAUCGGAGACACGUUUUGUCUUAGUAAUCGCGCUUUUUGCCAUACGAUGCUGCUUCGUAAUCAAUCGGGUUUUUUUUUUUUUUUAUCCACAUCGCUGACACUCAUGUCCGGAUCGCAAGGCCACGUGUUGCCCUUUUGUAUCGCUGGAUGUUUUUGCUUGAUGUACUUGCAGCGGGUGUGGUAGAGGGGGUUGUAUUUUACUUACCUAACAUGCUAACUUGAGCCAUUAUCGACAAAAAUAUAUAUUUAAAAUUAAAAAAAACACAAAUGUAAACGGAGUGUGGAUGUAAUAAGCUAACUUUUUCGGUGUGCUUUUCCUCCCAAUACUAAAAAAAAAAAUUCUUUUGGAGAUUAAAAAAAAAAAAGGGAAAACAAAAUAUUGAAAGAGAACGAAGCUGGCGGGCUGGUCUUGACUAGUUAUUAUUAUUGCAGUUUUAUUUUCCUUUGGUCAUUUUCGAAUGAUCAUUGUGUGCUCUCACUGGCCUUAGCCCGCGUAUGCCCGCCACAGUCCCCCCCGCACCCCCUCCGUGUGUUGCUCCCCGAGCCAAGCGGAGCGUAGCCAUAGUAUUACAUGAAGUCCAGCUGACGAAACAGUAGAACUUUGAAAGCACAAGCUUUUUCAAUGCAUGUCCUUCUCAGGUUUUCCUAUGUGUAUGUGGGAGUAGCUGUUUUAGAUGUCUUUCAUAUGAUGCUGUAUAACUUCUUGAAUAUUCUUUUUCUUUGCUGCUGACAGUAAACAACAACAAAAAAACAACAACAAUGUGGAUUAUGAUUAUUAACCUGCCAGUGAAAAAGGGAAGUGGCCAUCUUUGUACAACACCCUGCUGUUUUGCUGUAACCGCGCAAUGUUUUAUGAUCUUGAGUAUUUUAUAGAGAAGUAGAAGUAUGUAUCAUCAAUAAUAUGAAAAGCAAUAGCUAAAUCAUAAUGAAGAAUAGCAUUGAUCGGUGAUGAAUAUUGUGGAAACAAAAAAAAAGGAACCUUUAGAUUCACUCUGGGUGGAUUUUUGUACUGUAUUUAUUACUAAUGACAAUGCAAAAAGUUGCAUAGCUUAACCCAAACUGUUCUGUCUCUUUUUUAUUUAUUGUCUUGUAUAUGAUCUUUUUCUAUGUGUUUUUCAAAUAAAACGCCUAAAAUGCUGACGACAAA